AUGGCUAAGUGCCCGAUCCAACAAAAAAUUUUUGAAGGGUUUUUCCCGACCCCGUCCAAAAUGCGCCGUUUGGUAUCAGAGCACAUCGCCGAGGAGUUCACCAGUGUCUGCCCCGUCACCGGGCACCCGGACUUCGGCGUGAUCACCCUCCGGUACAUGCCCAAGCCCGGCAGCACCGGCGGCGUCUGCAUCGAGCUCAAGUCCCUCAAGCUCUACUACCACUCCUUCCGCAACGAGGGCAUCUACUUCGAAGCGGUCACCAACACCAUCCGCGACGACCUGGUCAAAGCGAUCGACCCACAAUGGCUGCAGAUCGAAACGAACUGGAAGGGCCGAGGCGGGAUCCGCUCCGUGAUCCGCGCGGGACUUCGGGAAUGUGCCGGGGCAUUUUCUGGGGCGGUGACAGUUGCUUAG